AUGUUCCUACAGAUUCGUUGCUGGGAUAUAGCUAACAUCAGGCUCAGCGGCUGCAAUUACAUUGGCGGCACAACUGAGGCAACGCAGUCCGACGCGGCUUGGCUGGUGCCCAUCUGCCUGCAGCUGGGUCCGGCCGCAAUCCUCUUUGUCGGAAUGAUCUGGAUGCCGUUCUCGCCGCGUUGGUUGAUCCACCACGGCCGCGAGGAGGAAGCUCGAAAGAUCCUCGCCGACCUCCGCGACCUUCCCGAGAACCACGAAUUGAUCGAGCUCGAGUUCCUCGAGAUCAAGGCCCAGUCGCUGUUCGAGAAGCGCAGCACCGCCGAGCUCUUCCCCCACCUCCAGGAGCAAACUGCGUGGAACACAUUCAAACUGCAGUUCGUUGCGAUCAAAGCACUCUUCCAGACCAGAGCCAUGUUCAAGCGGGUUAUCGUGGCAACGGUCACUAUGUUUUUCCAACAAUGGACAGGUAUCAAUGCUGUUCUAUACUACGCGCCCCAGAUCUUUGGACAGCUUGGCCUUAGUCAGACAACUACAAGUCUGUUGGCCACUGGUGUGGUCGGUGUUGUCAUGUUUAUUGCAACCAUUCCUGCAGUCCUCUGGAUCGACCGUCUGGGUCGCAAGCCUGUUCUUGCCGUGGGUGCUAUUGGCAUGGGCACCUGCCAUCUCAUCAUUGCUGUAAUCCUUGCCAAGAACAUUGACCGCUUCGAUCAGCAGCCCGCGGCUGGCUGGGCUGCCGUUUGCAUGGUCUGGCUGUUUGUGGUCCAUUUUGGAUAUUCUUGGGGCCCAUGUGCUUGGAUCAUCAUCGCAGAGGUGUGGCCUCUGAGCACCCGUCCGUACGGUGUCGCACUUGGCGCUUCCAGCAACUGGAUUGUGGGGCAAGUUACCCCCGACAUGCUGACAAGCAUCACCUAUGGGACCUACAUCCUAUUCGGCCUCUUGACAUACCUUGGUGCGGCCUUCAUCUGGUUCUUUGUCCCCGAAACUAAACGGCUGUCCCUGGAGGAGAUGGACCUUGUCUUCGGCUCUGAAGGGACCGCCGCUGCCGACUUUGAGCGUAUGGAGGAGAUCAACACCGAGAUUGGCCUGAGUGCCGUCUUGAACCGCGCCACAGGGAAUGAUCGGCUCUCUCAGUCGGCUGAUAUGGAGAAGAGAGAGGUUAAUGCAGCUGCCACUGAGCACCGAUGA